GUGCCGCUGGAGGCCGCCGUGUCGGGUCGGUGGCGGCGGCGGCGGCGGGAGCGGAGCGAGUUCCCUUCGGUUCCGUUCGGUUCGGUUCGGUUCCAGCGCUGGCAGCUGCGGGCCCGCGCUCUCUUCCUCAGUCUUCUUCCCCCACCGCUCCACCAUGGCGGGCAGCAACGGCAACCUGCAGAAAGCAAUAGACCUUGCUACCAAGGCAGCACAAGAAGAUAAAGCAGGAAACUAUGAGGAAGCCUUCCUCUUGUACCAACAUGCUGUCGAGUAUUUCCUCCAUGUUGUUAAAUAUGAUACACAGAGUGAUAAAGCAAAACACAGUAUUAGAGUGAAAUGUGCAGAAUACUUGGACAGAGCAGAAAAGCUGAAAGAAUAUCUGAAAAAAAAAGAGAAAACUGCACCAAAACCAGUUAAAGAGUCUGGUCCUGCUGAUGGAAAAGGGAAUGACAGUGAUGGGGAAGCGGAGUCAGAGGAUCCUGAAAAAAAGAAGCUACAGAAUCAAAUUCAAGGAGCAAUUGUUAUGGAGCGACCAAAUGUCAAAUGGAGUGAUGUUGCUGGCCUCGAAGGUGCCAAAGAAGCACUGAAAGAAGCAGUGAUCUUGCCCAUUAAAUUUCCACACCUGUUUACAGGAAAGAGAACACCCUGGAGAGGGAUUCUCCUAUUUGGACCACCAGGAACAGGAAAAUCUUAUUUAGCAAAAGCUGUGGCGACAGAAGCAAACAACUCUACCUUCUUCUCAGUAUCUUCCUCUGACCUUGUCUCAAAGUGGUUAGGCGAAAGUGAAAAAUUAGUGAAAAGUUUGUUCCAGUUGGCCAGAGAAAACAAGCCUUCUAUUAUCUUCAUUGAUGAGAUAGAUUCUCUCUGCGGGUCAAGAAGUGAAAAUGAAAGUGAGGCUGCUAGACGGAUAAAAACAGAAUUUCUAGUCCAGAUGCAAGGGGUUGGUGUUGACAAUGAAGGAAUCUUGGUCUUAGGAGCGACAAACAUACCCUGGGUUUUGGAUUCUGCUAUCAGGAGAAGGUUUGAGAAGCGUAUUUAUAUUCCUUUACCUGAAGACCAUGCCAGGGCUGCAAUGUUCAAACUUCACCUUGGGUCAACUCCAAAUCUCCUAUCAGAAUCAGAUUAUCGAGAGCUUGGAAAGAAAACUGAUGGCUAUUCUGGGGCAGAUAUAAGCAUCAUUGUACGUGAUGCACUGAUGCAGCCUGUAAGAAAGGUGCAAUCAGCAACUCACUUUAAAAAAGUAAAAGGACCAUCAUUGUCUAAUCCAAACAUGAUGGUAGAUUUGUUCACCCCUUGCUCUCCAGGUGAUCCUGCAGCCAUCGAAAUGACAUGGAUGGAGGUUCCAGGUGAUAAAUUAAUGGAGCCUAAAGUUUCCAUGGCGGAUAUGCUCAGUUCACUUGCUAGCACAAAACCAACAGUUAAUGAACAGGACCUGGAGAAGUUAAGGAAGUUUACAGAAGACUUUGGUCAGGAAGGCUAAACCAAAGAGAUACGUGGAUCAUUAGAACUUUUUUUGUCUUUCUUAAGAAAUCUUGUCUUUAUGGAUGGCACUUCAACUAAAUGCCAAUGGAAUCACUCCCUUCUUCCUUUGCAGAAGGAAUAGAAGGUACUUUUGCAAAGACCCUUAAGCUUUUAUAUUGUAUUGUUUUCCUCAGAUGUCUGUGAAUUGUCUUCUACUGAAAAAUAAUAUGAAAAUGCAGUUUUAGGGCAAGACAGAAAAGUGAUGUGGUAACGUCUAUUAAAUACUAGAAAACUUUAAAUUAUUAGGUCAAUUUUAGGUAUUGCAUUAAACCUGGGUACAAGUGAGUUUUAAACUCCCAGUAGGCUCAUAAAACCCUUUUUUGAAGGGUGGAAGAGAACAUAAUGUAUUUGUCAGGUGUUUUCAGUGUCAAUCAGCCUACAUAUUAAUUGCUCUCAUUUCAUUUAGAAAAAUGCAACACAGUUUGCUAAUCAAACAUACUGCAAGUGUGGGUAUGCUAUUAAAGUAAGAAAACAUAGUGUGAGGAUAUGACUACAUGGGCCAGUACUUUGUUUAAAUACUAAUGGAACUAGUAUUUGGCUGUUUCUGCUCCGCUGUGUUAAAAUUUUGCCUUAGACAGCAAGCAUUUGUUUUUAACUCUUUAUUAGCUGUUACACACUGUCACUAUGCAAUCUGGAAAGAGAUGGUUAAAUUCAAGUAUUUCAGAAGGUGUUUUGCUGACUGGUCUUGGGUUGUUUUGUUGUUUUUUUAAAUCUGGAUUUACUUUUUGUGGGAGUUUGACUAACAUUAGAAAAAAGCAUUAGUAAUAUCCUGUAAGAUGCCACAUGUCAAGGCUGGCAAGGUAUAGUCUUUGGAGAAAAAGGUCUCCAAAGGAGGUCUUUUGGGGAAAAGCAUACUUUCAUAUGCAAGGAGACUGUAACAGAUGUUUUAGCCACAGACUUUCCAGUGAUAAAUUCACUCUGAACCCUUCAGGUAACUCUUGCAUAUAGGUUACUUCAAUUUAGCUUAAACUGUAAGAGAAGGCUGGCACUUUAGUACAGUGGGACUUCAUUGGUCUCUCUCUGAAGAACUACACAUUAAGAUGUGCCUGAAUGUAACUUACAACACUACAGUGUCAGUGCUGAGUUUGUGCCUUGUAAGUUUGCACUGGCUGUAGAUUCAAAACAUCAUUACCUAGAAUACCCUAUGUUCCAUUAUAAUUGUACAACUUCAUCCUGCAUAUGCUUUGUUUAACUUGCAUUAAAAGAAAUUUGCACAUUUUGUGUAUGUUAUAUGUACAUAUACACAUGUAUGAUCAUCUUUUGAUGGGGUUUGGUUUCCUUUAUGUACAUAUUUUAUGUACUGUAUAAAUCAUAGGAUGGGUGAAAUUUGCUGUACUUAAAUGAAGUAAAACAUUGCAGUAUAACAUCA